UUGGCCACUAUUUGACGCUACAUAUUAAUGUUGUUGUGAAUCGUCUGCUCAUUCUUCCUUAAAUUUGAAUGUUUUGGAAAAAAAAACCAUUAAAAUAAUAAUAAGCAACAUGCCACAAAUACUUAACAAAUUGAUCAAUACACUAUAUUAUUUUACAUGCCAUAAAUUUGUGUCAACUUCCUUGGUUGUAAGAAAUAUGGCCACCGUGAAACGAUUUUAUAGAAGGACGAACAUACUUUCGAGCGGCGACAAGUUUGAGGUUACUCUGGACCAGAGGAAGUUGAAGACACCGCAGGGUAGAAUAUUCGAGGUGAACAGCAAACCUCUGGCCUUAGCGGUGGCUGCCGAAUGGGAUGCACAAAAGGGGACAAUCGACAGAGGAAGCAUGCACUUGACAUCCUUGUGCAAUACUGUAUUGGACAAUCCGCACAAUCGUACCAAAAUAGAACUGGUCAAUCACAUAGUGAACUGUUUAGAAAUGGACACAAUUUUAUUUUAUUCGAGUGAAGUGGAUGAACUGUAUCAGUUACAAAUUGAAAAGUGGGAACCAAUAGUUCAUUGGUUUUGUGAACAUUACAAUAUAGAGAUUAUGAGAACUCAGAGUAUACAGGCACCUACAGUAUCUAUGGAAACCAAAGCUGCAUUAACGAGACAUUUAUUAUCUCAUAAUUUCAAUAGUAUUUAUGGUCUUGUAUAUGCAAUGGAUGGAUUAAAAUCAGUUAUUUUAACUCUUGCCACAGCUGCAAGAGUAAUUAAUAUCCCGGAAGCUGUAAGUCUUUCACGUCUAGAAGAAGAAUAUCAGAUUUCCCAUUGGGGCAACGUAGAAUGGCAUCACGAAUACAGCAAACAAGAUCUGCAGGCUCGUUUAUCGGCGGCGAUGUUAUUUGUAUAUUUGAACUCUCAUUCCGCCACUUCUCGACCCAAAAUUAACGUCUCUAAUGUAAGCUAAUCUUAUUUUAGAUUAUUAGAAAACCACUACAUCAAUAGACAUAAAAUUUGUAAGAACAACAUGUUCACUGUAAUAUAUGUAUAACAUAACACCGAUGCCGACCGAUUCCUCCUUUCGUAGUAAUUAAUAAAAACUGCGAGAGAGAAAUUCCUUACGGGCAUCUAGAAGAACUAUCUAGUUUUCAGCGACGAUUAGAUAGAUUUAGAUAGGAAUGGAACAGUCAGGCCCAACCCAUUCCUUUGUACAAAUGCAACUGAAA